AUGGACGUGACGGUGUCGGAGCUCAUGGAGCUCUUCCUGCAGAGCCCGCUGGUGACCUGGGUGAAAACUUUUGGCCCCUUCGGAAGCGACAACCAGGACAACCUGACCAUGUACAUGGAUUUGGUGGACGGCAUCUUUUUGAACCAAAUCAUGUUGCAAAUCGACCCCAGGCCGACAAACCAGCGCAUCAACAAGCACGUCAACAACGACGUGAACCUGCGCAUCCAGAACCUGACCAUCCUGGUGCGGAACAUCAAGACCUACUACCAGGAGGUCCUGCAGCAGCUGAUUGUGAUGAAUCUGCCCAAUGUUCUGGUGAUCGGCAAAGACCCGCUGUCCGGGAAAAGCAUGGAGGAAAUCAAGAAGGUGCUGCUGCUGCUGCUGGGCUGUGCCGUCCAGUGUGAGCGGAAGGAGGAGUUUAUUGAGAGGAUCAAACAGCUGGACAUCGAGACCCAGGCUGGAAUCGUGGCCCAUAUUCAGGAGGUGACCCACAACCAGGAGAACGUGUUUGACCUGCAGUGGCUGGAGCUGCCUGACGUGGCCCCCGAGGAACUGGAGGCGCUGUCUCGGAACAUGGUGUUCCACCUCCGGAGGCUCGUCGAUGAACGGGACGAGUGCUCAGAGCUCAUCGUGGACCUCACACAGGAGCGGGAUUACCUGCAGGCCCAGCAGCCGCCCAGCCCCCUCAAGUCAUCCAGCGCCGACUCCACCCCCAGCCCCACCAGCAGCCUGUCCAGCGAAGACCGGCAGCACCUGGCCGUGGAGCUGGCCGACACCAAGGCCCGGCUGCGGCGGGUCCGGCAGGAGCUGGAGGAGAAGACAGAGCAGCUUGUGGAUGCUAGACACGAGGUGGACCAGCUGACCCUGGAGCUGCAGAAGGUCAAGCAGGAGAACGUCCAGCUGGCGGCUGAUGCCCGGUCUGCACGUGCCUACCGUGACGAGCUGGACUCCCUGAGGGAGAAGGCCAACCGCGUGGAGCGGCUGGAGAUGGAGCUGGUGCGUUGCCGUGAGAAGCUGCAUGAUGUGGACUUCUACAAGGCGCGCAUGGAGGAGCUGAGAGAAGACAACAUCAUCCUGAUCGAGACCAAAGCCAUGCUGGAGGAACAGCUGACGGCAGCCCGGGCCCGAGGCGACAAGGUCCAUGAGCUGGACAAGGAGAACCUGCAGCUCAAGUCCAAGCUGCACGACCUGGAGCUGGACAGGGACACGGACAAGAAGCGGAUCGAGGAGCUGCUGGAGGAGAACAUGGUCCUGGAGCUGGCGCAGAAGCAGAGCAUGAAUGAGUCCGCACACCUGGGCUGGGAGCUGGAGCAGCUGUCCAAGAACGCGGAUCUGUCCGACGCCUCCAGGAAGUCAUUUGUGUUCGAGCUGAACGAAUGCGCCUCCAGCCGCAUCCUGAAGCUGGAGAAGGAGAACCAGAGCCUGCAAAGCACCAUCCAGGGGCUGCGGGAGGCGUCCCUGGCCUUGGAGGAGGGCAGCCUCAGGUGUGGGGAGCUGGAGAAGGAGAACCAGCAGCUGAGCAAGAAGAUUGAAAAGUUACAGACGCAGCUGGAGAGAGAGAAGCAGAGCAACCAAGACCUGGAGACGCUGAGUGAGGAACUCAUCAAGGAGAAGGAGCAGCUUCAGGCUGACAUGGAGGUGUUGAAGGUGGACCGAGACAGGCAGAUCAAGGACCUGGAGCAGGAAAGGGACCACCUCAACCAGGUGGUGUGGUCACUGCGGGAGAGGUCGCAGGCCAGCAGUGAGGCCCGUGUGAAGGACGUGGAGAAGGAGAACACGGUGCUGCACCAGCGGGUGGCCGAGGCCAGCAGCCAGCUCAGCCGGCUGGAGUUCGAGAAGCAGCAGCUGAACAAGGACUUGGAGCAGGCCAGGGAGAAGGUGGGGCGGGCCGAAGAGCUGGAGCGGGCGCUGCAGCGGCUGGAGGAGGAGAACGCGGGGCUGGCCCAGCGCGCGGCCUCCCUGCAGGCGGCCUCGGAGCGCGCUGACGCCCUGGCCCAGGAGGGCCGCGGCCUGGAGCUGGAGAACCUGCGGCUGCGGAAGUCGCUGGACACCCUGCAGAACGUGUCCACGCAGCUCGAGGGCCUGGAGCGUGACAACCGGCAGCUGGACCAGGAGAACCUGGAGCUGCGUCAGAUGGUAGAGACGCUGCGCUUCACGGGUGCCAAGGUGGCGCAGAUGGAGCGGGAGAACCAGGAGCUGGAGCGGGAGCGGGGCGAGCUGAGGAAGAGCGUGGAGCUGCUGAAGGCCCUGGGCAAGAAGUCGGAGCGCCUGGAGCUCAGCUACCAGGACGUGAGUGCCGAGAACCUGCGGCUGCAGCAGGCGCUGGAGAGCAGCGGCCAGAAGUCGCAGGCCCUGGAGAGGGAACUCGGGGAGCUGGACGCAGAGCACCAGGCCCUGCAGCGUGACCUGGAGGCCCUGCGACUGUCCCACAAGCAGCUGGAGAGGUCUGAGCAGGACAGGAAAGCCCUGGAGCAGGAGGUGGCCCAGCUGGAGAAGGACAAGAAGUCGCUGGAGAAGGAGGCCAAGCGGCUGUGGCAGCAGGUGGAGCUGAAGGACGCCGUCCUGGACGACAGCAGCGCCAGGCUGUCCGCGGCCGAAAGAGAGAGCCGCGCGCUGGACAAGGAGCUGGCCCGCUGCCGGGACGCGGCCAGCAAGCUGAAGGAGCUGGAGAAGGACAACAGGGACCUCACCAAGCAGGUCACCAUGCACACAAGGACCCUCACGACGCUGAGAGAGGACCUGGUGCUAGAGAAGCUCAAGAGCCAGCAGCUGACCAGUGAGCUGGACAAACUGAGCCAGGAGUUGGAGAAGGCUGGUCUCAGCAAGGAGCUGCUUCUGCAGGACAACAGCCCCGACCACGACACAAAAUACAAGAUUUUGGAGGGCAGAAGCGAAUCCGCAUUAAAAACAACGCUAGCCAUGAAAGAAGAGAAGAUUGUGUUCUUAGAAGCCCAGAUGGAAGAGAAAGCAAGCCUCAAUCACCAGCUACAGAAUGAACUCCAGAUGGUGAAGAAGGAGUGUGAGCUGCUCAGACAGAACCAGGACGAGGACAAGCACCCGGCCAACUCCUUCAGACAUCCCACGGGUGACCACGCCAAGGAGGCCUGGGGGCCCAGCCACAAGGAAGCCACGAUGGAGCUGCUGCGUGUGAAGGACCGAGCCAUCGAGCUGGAGCGGAACAAUGCGGCGCUGCAGGCGGAGAAACAGCUGCUCAAGGAACAGCUGCAUCACUUGGAGUCGCAGAACGUGGCCUUCAGCAGUCAGAUCCUGACGCUGCAGAAGCAGAGCGCCUUCCUGCAGGAACACAACACCACGCUGCAGACCCAGACGGCCAAGCUCCAGGUGGAGAACUCCACGCUGAGCUCCCAGAGCGCCUCGCUCACAGCGCAGUACACGCUGCUGCAGAACCAGCACACGGCCAAGGAGACGGAGAACGAGAACCUGCAGAAGCAGCAGGAGCAGCUGGCCGGGGCCUACGAGGCGCUGCUGCAGGACCACGAGCGCCUGGGCACCCUGCACGAGCGCCAGUCCGGCGAGUUCGAGACCCUCAUCCGCCAGCACAGCUGCCUCAAGACGCUGCACCGGAACCUGGAGCAGGAGCACAAGGAGCUGGGGGAGAGGCACAGCGAGAUGCUGGCACACAAGGCGGAGUUGGACGAGCUGGAGAAGGUGCUGCAGACAGAGCGGGUCGCCCUGCAGCAGGAGCAGAGGGUCAGCGCGGCGGCCGCCGGCGAGAACCACAGGCUGCAGGGCGAGCUGGACAGGGUCAGCUUCCUGCACCACCAGCUGAAGGCGGAAUACGAGGAGCUGCAUGCCCACACCAAGGAGCUCAAAACCUCACUCAACAACUCGCAGCUGGAGCUGAACCGCUGGCAGGCCCGCUUCGACGAGCUCAAGGAGCAGCACCAGGCCAUGGACAUCUCACUGACCAAACUGGACAACCACUGUGAGCUGCUGUCGCGUCUCAAGGGGAACCUGGAGGAAGAGAACCACCACCUCCUGAGCCAGAUUCAGCUGCUGACCCAGCAGAACCAGAUCCUUCUGGAGCAGAACAUGGAGAACAAGGAGCAGUACCACGAAGAACAGAAGCAGUACAUAGACAAAUUAAAUGCCUUACGGAGACACAAGGAGAAGCUGGAGGAGAAAAUCAUGGAUCAGUACAAGUUCUACGAUCCUGCUCCGAAGAAGAAAAACCACUGGAUUGGAGCCAAAGCCUUAGUCAAACUCAUCAAACCAAAGAAAGAAAAUUCUAGGGAGCGGUUAAAAUCUACUACAGACAGCCCGUCCUGGCAGCUGGAUCCCCCCGAGCCGGCCUCGCCGCCCCCCACUCAGCCUCUCCGUUCGCAGCCCGAGACCCCGGAGACCCUCCCACUGGUGACCAGCGGUGUGGACGAGCGUGAGGUCAAUGGAACUGUGGGGAAAGGCACUGGGGACCCCAAACCAAAGCGAGGCUCCCCACACGGAGGCAGCCUGGACCGCAGAGACACCAGCACCGACCCAGCUGCGAAAUCCUGGCCCAUGGAGCCAGGUCCCCGGACGGGGGCUGCAGCAGCCGUCACCACCACCCCUGCCACCUCGACCCCCAUCUCUCGGCACCCAGGCCGCGCCAAGGGCUAUAGUUCAGACGACACGCUCUGUGAGCCGUCCCUGGAGCUGGACUUCGCCAACCACAGGCAGUACGUGUCCCGGCCAAGUAGCUUGGAGAGCAGCAGAGAUACGUCCAGCAACAGCUCGCCCCUGAACCAGAAAGGUUCCUCUGACCAGCUCCACGGCAGGUCCGAGAGCUUCAGCAGUGAAGACCUGAUUCCCAGCCGGGACACCGUCACCCUGCCCCGCGAGGCCAGCACCCUGGGGCGCCCCACCCUUGGCCCCCUGCCCCGCAACGGGUCUCUCCCCCAGGAGAGUAUCCAGAAGAGGGGUGCGGUCCAGCCCCCUGCCGGAGGGCGGCCCUGCUCAGCCUCUCCGAGCAGUGAGAUGGUCACCCUGGAGGAGUUCCUGGAGGAGAGUAACCGCAGCUCCCCGACCCACGACACCCCUAGUUGCCGGGAUGAUCUGCUAAGUGACUACUUCAGGAAGGCCAAUGACCCCCCAGCCAUCGGCAGUCAGCCGGGAACUCUACCCAGGAAAGAUGGGACCAAGAUGCCCACCAGCUUUGUGGCUCCCACUGUCAAGCUGGCCGUCAGCUCUUCAGAGGGCAGAAUACCGAAACCCGGGCAGUACGUGAGGCCGAACUUCCGGCCGGCUGAGGCUGAGGUCCCGCCUGGUGCUCCCGCGAGGCAGCCCCUGGCCCCCCAGAGCCUGUCUCUGGGCAGACCCCGACAGGGCACCAUGCCCCCGACCACAUCCCUGAGCCGGGCCUUCAGCCUGGCUUCAGCUGACCUCCUGCGAGCCAGUGGGCCAGAGGCCUGCAAACAGGAGUCCCCUCAAAAGCCGGCGGGCCCCGAGACCUCGAUGGGCAGGGAGGCGCCCAGCCCUACACCCCCAGGGACCCAAGGCCCAGCCCGGGAGCGUGCCCCACUGCUGGGGAGGACUGGGGGCUCCAGCCAGGGCUCAGGGUCCCGCAGCCGGCCGGUGGACAUGAGGCGCUUCUCGCUGGCACCCCCGAAGGAGGAGAGGCUGGCCCCGCUGCAGCAGUCGGCCACUGUCCCAGCUAUUGCCACCGGGGCCAGUGUCCAGCUCCAGCACUUCCCGCCCGUGACCACCUCGGCCACCAGGACUAAGCCCAGGACGCCCCCACACUCAGGCGAGGUGGCUGCCAUCACACCUGUGCGAGCUGGACUAGGCUUUGUAGAAGGGGACGGACACACGGCCCAGAGCUAUGGUGAGGGACCCCCUGCCAAGAGCCCAGGGUGGUCUCCCGACUCGGCUCCCCAUACCAGCCGGAACCCCGAGGAUUUCAGCCGAGGGGGCAGCUCCAGGAGCACCCCAGUGUCCCCAGAGCCAGGGGGGGACCAGCAGACAGUAUGGUAUGAGUAUGGCUGCGUGUGA